AUUGACUAGACUGUUAGGUAGCAUAUCAUCUGAGUUUUCUUCUUCAAAAGAAAGACAAAGAAAGCAGAGGGAAGAGCAGAAGAGAAAUGGAGGAGAGAGAAAAAGGGAGAGCAAACGAGAGAUGGGACUCUGCGAUCGCAAAUCUCAAGGAAACUUCUGGAAAUCUCGAGUCUCUUCAGAAGCUUCUUCUGAAAAAAGCAGUAUUUGUUGAUGAAGAUACCUUCAAUAAAGCUUCGCUUGCUUCCCAACAGUCUCGCACCAUCAAGGUGCUUGAGCAAAGAGUGGAGACUUUAGAGCGAGAACUUGAUGCUUCUAUUACAGCUGCAGCACAUGCUCGUUCAGAGAAAAGACAAGCCGAGGCUUCUCAAAAGGCAGCUGAAUUACGCACACAGGAAAUCACAAAAGAGCUUGAGAACACAUCAAAGGUAUUUGAACUGCAUAUGCAAGAGCUGCGUGCGAAACAGGAGGAGAUCACCAAGAGGGACAAUGAUAUUAAACUUUUGGAAGCUAUAAUUCAGACUCUUGGAGGGAAGAGUCCGAUUCAACGAUCCACUCGCAGUUCUUCCUAGAGUUGUCAUCCUUUUCUUUUUGUUGAUAGGUUACUGAAUACUGACGUACUGUAAUUUCUAAAAUAAACACCAUUUGGCUGUUCAUCUGAUUUUCAGUUUUUCACCUUUUCCUUUUGAAUGUAAGUAUGUAGCUCUCUUCCACUUGUACAAACAAAUGUUUUAAAUGAAAUGGCAUGUUCAAGUAUACUCCCAAAAAGUUU